CAUGAUAGCACCGGCUCGUAAAGUACAGCACAGCUGCCUCUCUCUCGCCUCUUCAAUGCUCACAGCACAGAAUGCCCCUGAGGCUACUGCUGACGGAUACAACAAGACAGAGCAGCAAGGAAGGGGGUGGGCCAGGAAACAGACCCUCAGAUGAAGCAAGUCUGACUUGCUUUUGCACUGUCACACUCAGAGAGAGCUGCAUGAUGUCUACAGGUGCUCCACAAUCACUGGACAAUCUGUGGGACUGAGAACAAAGAGAGCUAAUUUAAUUUAAAGGAUACUUCAAGACGAGUCUGGGAAGAAUUUGGGAAUGCUUUAAUUAGUAUUUUGGACUUAAGACAUUUGUUUUUCCUCAAUAGGAUAUACCAGGAGUGGAUUCGAAUAGGACUACUCCCUUUGGCUGCAUGUGGAUGGUAUUGUUCAAGUCGAACCAGAUGAACUGUGUGAAUUGAAACUUUGGAGUGAGUAGCUGCUAAGCUUGGAGCAACAAUCUUGUGGGGUGGCUAGGGAAAGGACAGAAGGAAGGGGGAGGGGAAGAGGUAGUCGGGUCUGGCUCCAGUCUCUGGGGGAAAUGCCUUCAACAUGAGGCUUUGUUGAAGAAUGUUGAAGAGGAGUGUUUAGAACCGUUUCAGUUUUGAACUGCCAAAAGAAAAAGCACAUUAAAGAGAUCUAUGUGUCCUUGAAGGCAAGACCAUCUUGCAGUUGCUAGCAAUCUGUCUGCUGCACAUGCUUUGUUUUGCCCUGUUGAAUUGUGGAUUGAGGAAAAUCCUCUUAUUGUGUAGUCUCGCCUAACUGCCACCGUAUAGUGCGCCUUUGUUUCUCAUUGAGAUGUACAACACCACUGUUCAGAUGGAGGCUUUGACCGAGAUAUGGACUGGCAGUGGCAGCAACACAAAUUCCUCUCAGCAGCUAAAUAACAUCACCCACUGCCCAAAGAAUGACAACUUCAAAUAUCCACUCUAUAGCAUAGUGUUUAGCGUUGUCUUCAUGGUGGGACUCAUCACCAAUGUUGCAGCCAUGUACAUUUUUACUUGUUCACUGAAACUGCGGAAUGAGACCACCACGUAUAUGAUGAAUCUUGUGCUUUCUGAUUUAUUAUUUGUGCUCACACUCCCUUUGAGGGUCUUUUACUUCAUCCAGCAGAACUGGCCAUUUGGCAGCCUGCUCUGCCAACUCUCCAUCUCACUCUUUUACACGAACAUGUAUGGGAGCAUCCUGUUCCUAACAUGCAUCAGCGUGGACCGUUUCCUCGCCAUCGUUCACCCCUUCCGUUCAAGGGGGCUCCGGACAAAACGCAAUGCCAAAAUUGUGUGUGCUGCUGUUUGGGUUCUAGUGCUGUCUGGAAGUCUUCCGACAGGCUUCAUGCUGAACAGUACUAACAAGCAAAAAAACAACACGAUAGCCUGCUUUGAGAACUUCUCCUCAAAUCAGUGGAAGAGCCAUCUCUCAAAGGUAGUGAUCUUCAUAGAGACAGUGGGAUUCCUUAUCCCCUUGAUACUGAACGUGGUUUGCUCCGCUAUGGUGCUCCAAACUUUGAGGAGGCCACAGAUCGUUAGUCGGGGAGGGAAGCUGAACAAGAAAAAGAUCUUGAGGAUGAUCAUUGUCCACCUCUCCAUCUUCUGCUUUUGUUUCAUCCCCUACAAUGUCAACCUUGUCUUCUAUUCACUUGUGCGGACAAAAACCUUGGAGGGCUGUGCAGUAGAAUCAGUGGUUCGGACGAUCUAUCCGAUCGCUCUGUGUAUUGCUGUGUCCAACUGCUGUUUCGACCCCAUUGUCUACUAUUUCACGUCAGAGACGAUACAAAACUCCAUUAAGAGGAAGUCUCAGAUGAACCGUUCCUUUGAUGUCAAGUUCUCUGAGGCCUUGCAGUCAGAGACGAGCUCCUCUCUUCAGUUCAGCUUGAGGUCCAUAAAGAACAAGAUGUUCCACAAUGAGUCUAAUGUAUAAGGACAAGUAUUGGACAAAUGGGUGUAAAGAAACUGAAUACACAAAAAGCACUCUGCAGUAGAUGAAAUGUGGCAUAAAACAUGUGAAUAUGCCCUAAUUUGUUUUGUUAAUAUCUCUCAGGGCAGUAAUUACACAACGCCCUUUUAGGGGAUUUGCCUCCCUCUUAAAGUCAUCCUUCAGCCCAGUACUGGGGGCACACCUGUUGUCAAUGGAAUUAUAUCCAAACAUUUGGAAUACUUAACUGUGGAGUAAGAAUAAUACAAAUAUGCUGUAAAUCAACUGGAACUUGAUUAAAGUAGACGAGUACCUGUAACUAUAUGUGAAUGUACUUACAUUUCCAUAAUGGUAAGUGAAUGUGAAAAUAACAUACUAGGAUAUAACCACUAUUUAAUUAAACCCACAAACAAAAUAGAAUGAUGCCAUUUUAUGCAAUACCACAUGUAAACACAUUGACUGCCUGAAGGGUCAUAGUAUUAACAAGCUGAAAACUUUUGUUGGCACUUUAUAUAAUACUGUAUAUUAACUUUGCACUGACAUUGAUACUGUCAUAAUGCACAGUUUUUUUUUCUGUUACAAACAUCACUUGAUAAUAAAGUUUUACAAUUA